AUGGAAGGAACAUCUGGUGUGAGGAAAGGCGCAUGGAGUAAAUCAGAAGAUGACCUUCUCAAAGCAUGCGUCCAACUAUAUGGGGAGGGAAAAUGGCACCUUGUUCCUCAAAGAGCUGGCUUGAACAGAUGCCGCAAGAGUUGUAGAUUGAGGUGGUUCAACUAUCUUCAACCAGAUAUAAAGCGAGGAGAAUUCAGUGAAGAUGAGGUUGAAUUGAUGAUCAGAUUGCAUAAGCUUCUCGGGAACAGAUGGUCACUGAUUGCAGGAAGACUUCCUGGAAGAACUCCAAACGAUGUGAAAAAUUACUGGAACACUUGCAUGCGGAGGAAAGUGAAUUCUUCUCACAUGAAAGACAAGAACUUAAAGCACGAGGCCCAAACCGUGAUACGCCAUGAAGUAAUAAAGCCUCUACCUCUAACUUUCUCGAAAACAUCCCCUUGGUUGCAAGGGAAAUUCAUUACCUCAGAUCAAAGUAGUACCAAAGUUGAUAUAACUGAAGCAGUUGCAGUUUCAUCAGGGUCCAUGAAUUGGUGCGAAACUUUGCUAGACAACAGGGGAGAAAUUGGAGACGGGACGCUUGUGACGGACCUUUGGGAUGAAGAGCUUACUUCAAUAACAACCAAAGCUUGUGACUUUCAAACACAAGGUCAAACUUGGGCCGAUUUUCUUCUUGACGUCAGUUUGUGGGACACUGAAAUCUUAAACUUAGGAGAUUAA